AUGGACACUAUUUUUAACAGUACUAAGACUAACCCAAGAGGGAUCCCGGAGGCUCCAUUUGUUGAGAAGGUUGAGGAUUUCAUCAAGGAUGUCAGUGAUUUCGAAUUGGUUUUCAAUAAGUUCCAAGAACGUUUAUCCAAGUACAAGUACAUGCAAGAGUCGAAGUUAAGCACCAUAAAGAUGUUGAGUACCAGAAUACCUGAUAUCGAGAGCACUUUGAAGAUCUGUAAGACUUUGAAAGCCAAAUCUGAGUCUGCUGAGGAUGAUGGCGGUGCUGAGAUCGAGACUCACUACCAGUUGAACGAUACAUUGUACGCAAAGGCUGUUAUAAAUACGAAAGAGGCAACCAACGUGGGUCUAUGGCUAGGUGCAGAAGUCAUGUUGGAGUACCCGGUGGAAGAGGCCAUUGAUCUGCUAGAGAAGAAAUUAAAGGACUCUAAGGAAUCGUUGGAGGUCUCUAGAGAGGAUUCUGAUUUCCUGAGAGAAAAUAUUACUACAAUGGAGGUCAAUUGUGCUAGAUUAUACAAUUGGGAUGUCCAAAAGAGACAAGAAAUGAAAAAUAUCAGUGAAGAUACUAAUAAUUUGAAGAUAUAA